AUGGAUUAUAAUAAUACAGAUAAUAAGAAUUCUUUAUCUAUGAAUGUGAUAAAUAUGAAAAAUUUUGAUUUUUGUUUAAUAUUUUUAAGUGGUUUAUCCUUAUGGAUUAUUAUAUUAUGUCAUUUAUACCAUUAUUGGAGAAAAUUUGGAUCUAUUAUUAUAUUCAAAAUAGAAGAUAAUGAUUUUAAUUAUAAUUUAAUAAUAGAAUUACUAAGUUUAGUAAUACCAUUAUAUUUUUUUACUUCAGGAUGGCGUUAUGCAUUAACAACCAAAAAAGAUUUAAAAAGAUAUUUUAUUUUUAUUGUACCAAUUUUAUUAUUUAUAGCUUUAGAAUAUAAAUAUUUUGGAAUUAUUGAUAUAGAUGAUGAUAUACCAACAAAUAUUCAAUUAUUAAGCCAUAUGAGAAUUGGUUUUAUUAGUGUUCCAUCUUACCAUUUUUUUAUUACAGUGAUUUUCUAUUAUAAUGAAAAGAUUUUUAAAUUUAGUAAAAUUCCUGUAGUUCCAUAUAAUAACUUGGAAAUAAAUGAAGAUAAUCUAAAUUUACUUGAUAGAGAAAUAUGUAUUAAUAAUUAUGAAGAAUUAAAUGAACCUUAUUGUAAAUUUAUUCAUUUUAGUUUUUUUUAUGCACUAAUAUCAAUGAUUAUAUAUUUUACAAUAAUAAUAUGUUUAUAUUGUUUUAUAUCAAAUAAAAUAUUAAUAUUUUUAUUAUCAUUAUAUUAUUGGGUAACUAUGAUUACAUUAUUAUGUUGUAUAUAUAUACUUAAAAUUUCACCUCAAUAUAUUUUUAUGAUUAUAUAUUUUAUAACAUUCUGUACUUCUAUAAUGUUACAAUCAAAAUUUAAUUAUCUUAAAGAAAUAUCUGGAUUAAGUAUUUCUGUAACAUUUUUCCAUUAUAUACUUUUUUAUAUUGGAGGAUAUUGUUUUGCUUGUUCAAGACUUGGGAAUAGAUUAUCAAAUAUAUAUAUAAAUAUUAGUGUUAUUAUACUCUAUAUCUAUUAUAUAUAUUAUAAACCUAUAGGAAUAAAAUAUUUUUCUUCAUUAAUAUUUCCGUAUUAUUUUAUUCCUACAAGAACAACUUGGAUUAUAGAAAUAAUUUGGAUAAAUAUCUUUAUUUUAACAAUACUUUUAUCAAAAUUUAAUGAAAUAAUACAGUAUAAACAAUGGAUGGAGAUUAUUUGGUUUCAUCUUCCAUAUUUAAUAAUAUUGUUUAUUUUUCCAUUAUCUCCAUUAUUUGAAUAUAUAGGAAAUUAUGCUAUAAACGUUAUUUAG